AUGUCACGCCACAAUAGACACUAUCAAUCAUGUCGCGAGCUUCAUGUCGUUGUUUUGGGCGCCGGAGGUGUUGGCAAGAGUUGUUUAACAGCCCAAUUCGUCCACAAUGAGUGGAUUGAGAGCUAUGAUCCUACCAUUGAGGACACCUACCGGACACAGCUCCAGGUUGAUGGACGGCAGGUUGUCUUGGAAAUCCUUGACACUGCAGGAACAGAACAGUUUGUGGCCAUGAGAGACUUGUACAUGAAAUCCGGUCAAGGAUUCAUCUUGGUCUUCAGCAUCACAUCAUCCUCGUCGAUGAAUGAGAUUGAGAUGCUUCGAGAGGAAAUCACGCGCAUCAAAGACGACGACAACGUCCCUAUUGUCAUUGUCGGCAAUAAGGCCGACUUGGAGGAGCAGCGAUCAGUACCCAGACAAAGAGCUUUUGCCUGCUCUCAAAUGUGGGAUGCCCCAUACUAUGAGACGAGUGCUAGAACAAGGACAAACGUUGACGCCGUCUUCAUCGACAUAUGUCGCCAGCUGCUCCUGAAAGACGAGAAGAUCCAGGCUCAGGCCAUCCACGACGAGGACGACCACGAGAACGAGAAAAAUGCCGGCAUCAUGGGCUUCGCCAAGCGGAAGAAUCGCAGACGGAGGCGCGCAGAUGGCCACCGAUGUGUCAUCCUCUAA